UUGUACUUUGGCCUGCCAGGCGUGUGUGCCAUGACUACUUUCUUCCAUCUUCCGCGUGAGGACGUUGUUUUCUCCCUCAUUUUCCCUCGUCUAGAGCCACAGGAGACGUGGAGACUCAGACUGGUCUGCAUGGAGUUCUGCAGUCUCUGUGAAGAGUAUUUCGCGGCAUUCUGCACGUCCAUUGCCUACGAGGAGCUCGUUUUAGAAGAAGCCGAGACACUAAGGGACAGAGCUUGCAUAUCGAGGGUUCUACUCGCCUCUCAAAAGCUCAAGAAUAUAAGUUUAUGUCUGUCUAGACGAACAGCGAGUGCCGUGCUCAAUCGAGCCAGCGAGUUGCUCGUGACCAGAAUGUGGAACUCGCACACAAACUGGAAACUGGUGCGACUGUCGCUUGUGGCUGUGGACUACAGCUGUGAUACUAACACGUCACAUCACUCCGGUUGGGAAAGACUCGGGGAGAAAUGUACAUCGCUGAAAGAGCUACAUAUCGAGGAUAUGUGUCCAUUCGAUGACAGGUGUCUGCAGAGCCUCACCAGGCAGUGUGCCUCUCUUGUAGACCUGACACUCAAAUCCCUGCCUGCUUUGAGAGGACUUUACCUCCAGAAGUUGGCAGAGACCUCCCACCAUCUCACUACAUUGAAUCUCUCGGGAUGUUAUAAUAUUGAGGUGGAACAGCUUCAGAGGACGGUUCGUUACUGCCACAAUGUCAGGGGCCUUGACUUCAGUUCGAUGUUUGCAGCAGUCAACGACGAGACCAUUCUGACUGCAAAGGAGUUCUGCCCUCACUUGCAG